UAUUUUUUCGCCUUGUGUGUUUCUCCAAAAGGAUAAUACACCCUUAUACCCCACUUCUGUAGUUAAUUCAUUUUAUCAUUACAAGAUAUAUUACAUCCCGCUCAUCUUUGCAUCCAAUCUCGAAUACAAUGUCUUCUCAGCAUAUUAGCAUGAACGAUAUCCAUCAACUCUUAUUUGAAAACAAAUUGGAAGAUACCAAAAAUGGUGAUUUUGAUUUUACUGAAGUCUGGGAAAACAUUGACACCUCUGCUUUAGCUUUAGGUGAACAACCCAAUAGCUCAAAGAUUGAGCAAACUCCAUUAUCAGCAUUCAUUGGUGACAUUACCCCUGCCGCUGCUGCAGUCGCUGGCGUAGAAGAAUCUCCCAUGAUGAACACACCCUAUUUGGAUUCUAAUUUAAAUACUCCCUUUACACCUGCAACUCUUUUUACUCCAAGUCUAAACCAGUUCCAAAACUCCCCAUAUUACUCACCCUACAUCGAAUCCUCCAACAACGUCUUCAAUAAUCCUUUUGCUGGUGUAGACUCUCAAGACAUUCAAGUUGCCAAAUAUCUCAAAAACGACCUCUCUUGGAAUAAUAAUGAUCCAUGUUCAUCCGCAUCCAAAACACCUUCCGUAAAUAACACCGAAUCAUUUGACUCUCUAAAUGAUAAGCCCUCAUUACUUUUAAAUAACACAAUGAACAACAUUGAAAGCUCCUCUGACUUUCUCUUCCCUCCUCUUCCUUCUGAAUCAUCCACUUCAAACACACUAAACGAACAAGACGCAUUACAUCAAGAUUUAUUCAAAUUGAGCGACGACCUCUUUGAUUUUGAUGACUCAAUAUUUAAUAUCACUGAUGACCUUCAUCAUGAAGACAACUCCAUUCCUUCCAUCCCUAUGCCUAUGCCAACAAAGAAACGCAAAUCUGAAGACAGAGAUAUGAAAAAAGCGAACAAACGCAUCAAAGUGGACAAAAGCUGCGACCGUAAACACGAGUGUCCUAUCUGUCAUGCGACGUUCAACAGACGCUAUAAUCUCGGCACACAUAUCAAGACACAUGAUAAGAAUAGACGAAAAGACUUUUCGUGCCAUCUGUGCAACAAAACAUUUGAUCGUAAGCACGAUUUAUCAAGACAUGUAGCCACAGUGCAUAAUGGCGAACGUGCCUAUAGCUGUAAUGAAUGUACUUCGACUUUUAGCCGGAAAGAUGCCAUGGUUCGACAUAAAGUGCAAAAGCAUGGUUAUCAGCCUUAAGACUUUCUUGCGCAGAAAUAAAUACCAAAAAAAAAAAAAAGCAGAAAAGAUGUAUCAAAAUCUAUGUAAACUAUUUAAUGUAAAUAUGAAAUAAAGUCUUGGUUUAUAUUUAUUAUCAUAAUGA